CGACGCAGACUUUUUUCUUCCAUGUUAAUUCUAUUUCCGGUACUGCACAUACCGGCGCCAUCUUUACUACCUAGUUGCAAGCGUCGGCGUGACAAGAACGAAUUUGACAAUGGCUGAUAAUACGGAUGUAGACUCAAAGCAAGAUUCAAGAGAAAAUGAUAGAGAAAACUCAAGGUCAUCUAAACACGACAAAGACAGGAAGCGUUCACGCUCUCCACGCAGACGUAGUCGAAGUAGAGAACGAAGAAGAUCCCGAGACCGAGAAAGGAAGAAGAAAUCCAGAAGUCGCUCCAGAGAAAGAAGCAGCAGCCAGAAGGUGAAGAGAAAGAAGAAGCCAUACAAAUACUGGGAUGUACCACCCCCUGGCUUCGAGCAUAUUACCCCAAUGCAGUAUAAGGCUAUGCAAGCUGCGGGUCAGAUUCCUCAAGCUUUGCCUGUAACAGCUCCUAUCAACCCCAAUGCAACAGUUACAUUGCCAGGCAGUGCCAUGAGUCGUCAGGCUAGGCGUCUGUAUGUUGGAAACAUCCCAUUCGGUGUUACAGAGGAAUCCAUGAUGGACUUUUUCAACCACCAGAUGAAGAUCACAGGGCUUGCCCAAGCGGAGGGAAACCCAGUUAUUGCAGUACACAUUAACCUGGACAAGAAUUUUGCUUUUCUUGAGCUCCGAUCAGUGGAUGAGACUACGCAGGCAUUGGCAUUUGAUGGCAUAAGUUACGAAGGGCAGCCACUGAAAAUUCGCCGUCCCAGUGAUUACAAACCACUUCCAGGAAUGGCAGAGAACCCUACAUUAGCUGUGCCAGGUGUGGUGUCCACUGUUGUACAGGACUCGGCCCAUAAGAUCUUCAUAGGAGGGCUUCCCAGCUACCUCACUGAGGAUCAGAUGAAAGAGUUGCUGAUAUCCUUUGGUCCUCUGAAAGCAUUCAACUUGGUCAAAGACAAUGCUACUGGACUCUCAAAAGGCUUUGCAUUUUGUGAAUACCUUGAUCCUAACGUUACAGAUCAGGCUUGUGCAGGUUUAAAUGGAAUGCAGCUAGGGGACAAAAAACUGAUUGUGCAGCGAGCCAGUGUAGGAGCCAAGAAUGCUCAGCACCAGGCACCAGUUCAGCUUCAGGUACCAGGGUUAAAUCUCAAUCAGGGAGCAGGUCAACCGACAGAAGUGCUUUGUUUAAUGAACAUGAUAUUGCCAGAGGAACUGGAAGAUGAGGAAGAGUAUGAAGACAUCUUAGAAGAUGUGAGAGAGGAGUGUGGCAAGUAUGGUAUUGUGCGGAGUUUGGAAAUCCCUCGUCCUAUCAAAGGAGUUGAGGUGCCAGGAGUUGGAAAGAUAUUUGUGGAGUUCAGUUCAUUGAUUGAUUGUCAGAAGGCACAGCAGGCUCUAGCUGGUCGAAAGUUCUCCAACCGUGUGGUGGUCACCUCUUAUUUUGACCCAGAUGCUUAUCAUCGUCGUGAAUUUUAACCAAGUUAUUGAUGUGGUAGCAUUAUUCAUUGUUUUGAUUUUACUCAGAAUCUUAAAUGUUCUCAUUGUGUUUAAAAGUGAGGGGAAUUGUAUUAUUGUUCUUAAGACGAUCUUGACAUUAAUAGAAAGCCACCAUGAUCACAGGCUUUUUGAUGCAUGUACGAUUUCAUGUGAAACUGCAGUUAGGAUUAUUUCUUCCUGCAUCCACCUAAGGAAAUAAAUUUUGUCUGAACAGCUUGA